AUGUUACGUCAACUUAUUCCAUUUGUACUUUUGUUAUUAUGGAGGAUUGAAGCUAGACCACAGGGUGGUGGAGAAGAACCGAUUCCUAUUUCAAAAGACACAUCAUCUAGAAGAGCUUCGUAUAACCAUUCACCAAGUGAAUUCGCGAGAGCCCCAGUAGAAGAAACGACACAUAAACCAAGAAGAAGGCAUAGACAUCGUCAACCAAGUUAUGACGAGGCACACGAAAAGCAAAUGGAGCAAUGGAGGCAACAAAGAAAAGAGGCGAAUAAGGCUCGUCAAGCACAGUAUGAUCAGUACUAUCAGGAUUAUUUUGAUAGAAUGAAGCAGUAUGCGAUCAAUACACAUGUCAGUAGGUAUAACCAGUUGUUGGCUCAACAAGAAAAAGAGAAACAACGAUUCGCUCAAAAUAUGGAAGAGUUUGGAUUGAGAAGUUCCGCGUUAGGCAUCGAUCGCGCGGAUAUUGACUCUGGCACAACUGUUUCACAGAGACCGAGUUCUCCAUUCGGAGGAAUAACCGAUAAAGCACAACUUGAAGAACGAGCAAAAGCAGCUGAUGUACGUGGAAUGAUCGUGAACAGACCUCCAUCUGCAGUCGAACCACGACCAGAAGAUAUUGAUGUUCAUAGAAAGGCUCUUCAUUUGGAAGCUCUCUGCAAUAGAUUCCUCCCAACUGUCAGAAAACAUUGUUUCAGUGGAAAUAAGACAGAAGAGAGAUAUGGAAGCAAAUGCAAGGGAUAUUUCCAUGAUUGUCAAAGAUUCCUUCCAAAAUCUGAUCCACUUUAUAAUAUUGCCUAUGCUUUCAAUUCAAAUGUUGGUUUGAAUUUGGGAACAUGGAGUGUAAAAGGAAUUCCAUAUUACCCAAUUAAUGAAGAAGGAGCAAUUGGAGCUGGAAGAGAAAUGAAUAUUCCAUUUGGAUCAUGGGGUGGAGGAUACUCGGAUCACAUUGGAGUCAGAGAUUACUGGUCUCAAUACCAGGAGAUCGGAGCGAAUUGGUAUGAAGGAAAGUAUGGAUACAAGUCUGGAUGGAGUGUUCCAUUGGUUCAAUCAUUGGGAAUUGAAGGAGAUACUCAUGCAGUUGUGAGUGUUCCAUUGAAACCAGGAGAGGCUGGAAAACCGAUUGGUGUGGAUGUCGGAGGAGGAGUUGGUCCAUACUACCAACAGAAUCAACAUGUUGGAGUGGACUAUCUCAAUGGACAAGUUGGAACGAAUUUCGGUGUUGGAGUACCGAUGGCUGGAGUUGGAGUAAAUACAGGAGUUGGUGUUUCGUUCCCAGGAGUCAAUGAUAUAAUGGGAAAAAAGAAGAGAAAAUAG